AUGAAGGUCCUCAUCGCAACAAUGCCCUUUGCAGGGCACAUCAAUCCAACCCAGCCCAUCGCACGCGCCCUUGUCCGCCGCGGCCACACCGUCGCAUGGCUCACUUCCGCAUCCCACGAACACCUCACAACCCCAACCGGCGCAAACUUCAUCCCCUCCCCUUCAACCCUCGCGCAUCACGACGAGACCCCGCUCAGCCCGGACCCGGGAACCUCGGGGCUCACCGCCAUCGUCUCCACCCUCCGCAAACUAUUCUUAGACCGCGUGCCGGACCAAGUCGCAGCCUACCGCUCUGUCUUGGAGACCUUCGACGCCGAUAUCCUGCUGGUAGACCUCACCGCCUACGGUGCACACUGCCUGCGCGACCUCACAGGCCUGCCAUACGCGACCCUGGGCAUCAACCCGCUCGUCACCCUCGACGCCGAGGUCCCUCCCUGGGGUACCGGGUGGUUACCUCCCAGGACGUUCUUCGGGCGGUGGGUCAAUGGAUUGGCGCACGCGGCAGCCGGCCGUCUGCUCUAUCCGAAGCUCACGGCGGCGCUGAACAACCGCCGCCAGGAGAUGGGGUUGCCCCCUUUGCCGGCAACAGGGUUCUUUGAUUCGGCAAGGUCGGACACGCUGCACAUCAUGCCCACGACCCCGGCUUUUGAGUUUCCGAGGAAGAAUCUGCACCCGGGGGUUAAAUUUGUCGGGCCGCUCCUGCCGCUGUUCAACGACGAGGAGUUUUCUCUUCCCACGUGGUGGGGCGAGAUGCUCACGCACCCGCGGGAGAAGGUCAUCCACGUAACACAGGGGACGUAUGCGACGAAUUCGGCAAAUCUCAUCGCACCCACGCUGGCGGCUCUCGGGGACCAUGAGGACCUGCUCGUGAUGGUGACAACCCCGGACGCCGAAACGGUUCUCCCGCCCGAAACCCUCCCCUCUAACGCGCGGGUGGCCUCCUUCAUCCCGCACGCCAAGCUCCUCCCCCACGUCGGCGUAAUGGUCACCAACGCGGGCUACAAUGGCGUCCUUGUGGCGCUGAGCUGCGGCGUCCCGAUGGUGUGCGCGGGCCGGAGCGAGGACAAGGCCGACGUCAGCUCGCGGGUCGCGUGGAGCGGUGCCGGGAUCGAUCUAGCAACGGACACGCCAAGCGAGAAGGCGUUGAGGGGCGCGGUCGAGCGAGUCAUUUCAGACGAGAAGUUCCGGAGAGCCGCCGAGAGGAUCCGCGACGAUUUCGGGAAGCACAAUGCGCCCGAGGAGGCAGUGGAUGCGCUGGAGCAACUUGUUGAGAAGAAUCGGAGCUGA